CCCACGCUGCAUCCUGCCUGCCUGCUUGCUCUCCCUUUUGCUUUCUCUCCACUCCCUGUUUUCACCGAUCCGAGAAGCAUGUUGGUCUAUCAGGACUUGCUUACUGGUGACGAGCUUCUCUCGGACUCAUUUCCUUACAAUGAAAUUUUGAAUGGAAUCCUAUGGGAAGUUGAAGGAAAGUGGGUGGUACAAGGAGCAGUGGAUGUUAACAUUGGUGCAAACCCUUCUGCUGAAGGAGGUGAUGAAGACGAGGGUGUUGAUGAUCAAGCAGUGAAGGUAGUCGACAUUGUUGAUACCUUUAGACUCCAGGAGCAACCUCCUUUCGACAAGAAGCAGUUUGUUACUUACAUCAAGAGGUACAUCAAACAACUUACUCCCAAGCUUGAUGCAGAUAAGCAAGAGUUCUUUAAGAAAAACAUUGAGGCAGCAACCAAGUACCUCCUCUCAAAGCUCAGUGACCUCCAGUUUUUUGUUGGGGAGAGCAUGCAUGAUGACAGUACAACAGUGUUCGCUUACUACAAAGAUGGUGCUGCAGACCCGACAUUUUUGUACUUUGGUGUGGGGUUGAAGGAGGUAAAAUGUUGAGAAAUCAAUGAUAUCCUUCGUCGGGAAGAGCCAACAAAUGAAGCGUUGGAUGGAGUUGUUGCUUUUACGUUUGUUCUAUUAUUAGAUUAAAUAUAUGGAUGUUUUGUUGGUUUAAUGUUUGGAGUCAUUUUUGGAUUGCUGCAUUUCAACUGAGGUUCAAUUUCAGUUUUUAUCUUCAAGGUGUUGGGUUGAUUUA